GUGUGUGUUUGUUUCACUGCGGAGAGCAGAGAGGAAGUGCAGUUCUGAGCCGGCGUUAUUCUUCUUGGUAUUAUUAGUAUUAUUAGUAUUAUUAUUAGUAGUAUUCUUACUCUCCAUGUGAAAGAAAGCCGGCUCUGUGAUGGCUGCAGCAGGAUUCGACAGGGGUUAAUCGGGCUGCUGCUGCAUGCUGUAAUCGGGUGUACUGUAGCCAUGGCAACGAGCGCGGUUCCAAGCGACAACCUUCCUACUUACAAACUGGUGGUGGUGGGGGACGGAGGCGUUGGGAAGAGCGCGCUUACCAUUCAGUUUUUCCAGAAGAUCUUUGUACCCGAUUACGACCCAACGAUAGAAGACUCCUAUUUGAAGCACACAGAGAUCGAUGGGCAGUGGGCGAUACUUGAUGUGCUGGACACAGCGGGACAGGAGGAGUUCAGCGCGAUGAGGGAGCAGUACAUGAGGACGGGCGAUGGAUUCCUCAUAGUGUACUCGGUGACAGACAAAGCAAGCUUUGAGCACGUUGACCGAUUCCACCAGCUCAUUCUCAGAGUCAAAGACAGGGAAUCCUUUCCAAUGAUACUGGUUGCCAACAAAGUAGAUUUAGUGCACUUAAGAAAAGUUACAAGUGAGCAGGGCAAAGAAAUGGCAGCUAAACAUAACAUUCCAUACAUAGAAACGAGUGCUAAGGACCCUCCAAGUAAUGUUGACAAAGCAUUUCACGACCUUGUCAGGGUAAUCCGGCAAGAAAUACCAGAGAAAAGCCACAAGAUGAAAAAGAAAAGGAAGUGGCGUGGGGAGCGAGCGAGCGGCUCUCACAGACUGCAGUGUGCCAUCUUGUGACAGAGCAGAGCAGGCACCUCGCUUCAAAACAAAAAAAGAACAUUGGAAUGCCUGCUGAUUUGUGCUGCUUCUAACUGAGGAUGAGAGAGAGAGAGAGAGAGAGAGAGAGAGAGAGAGAGCGCCAGUCUCGCUCCUCCAGCUGAGCUGCCCUGACCACAGACAAGUGUCAGCAUACACAAUGCAGUAUUCCUCAAGGAGAGAAAGAUGAAGUAACGUGACUGAACUGGUUUAAUAAAAUACUGAGUGAUUUCAGGUGUUAGAGUAUAGUCUAGCUGUCCUAGCAGCGCUUGCACCCUUGUGUUUUUCAUCAUUAUCCAGCUGAAACAGUAUCAACAUAUAAUUGAUUUUUUUAAUGAAUUCACAUUUGCGUACUUGCAUUACCAUUUCUUAUUUAUGUAAUGGCACACACACUGUACUUGUGCCUCUGUAGCCAUUUCACAGGGGCAGCUGUUUGGAAGAGACUGCUAUUCGAAUGCCCCCGUUUUCACAUUCUACUCUGAAGAAAAGUAAACGAAUGCUGGAGAAAAAUAAAAGAAAGUGGCUGUUUGUAUUAGGGUCAGAAUCGUGCCAAAAAUAGUGAAGUGAAAUGAAAUGAAAUUUGAACGGCAGAAGGAAUUCCAGCGGGCGUGGGACUCCAGACAUUGUGUCAAAUCUUGGAAAGUUGCCAGCAUGUAACCUACAACCUACAACUUCUCAGUUUUCUAACAAGACUGCACUUUUGCUGUGGUGGAAGUGUGCAAAGUGUUUCAUUGCAUUUUUUAAAGUAAAUACUAUACAGCUCAAACAGUUUUUAAUUGAGAUCAGAACAAUGAACUAUUUCCAGACUUUCAUGGAUGUACUCAUACAUUCUGUAUGAGAUGCAAAGGACUGUGUUUCUCUGUGUGUGAUUCCCUAACCUCUCAACUGUCCUAUUAUUAAUGUUUUUGUUGUUGUUGUCCUGUGACAUAAUUUGCAUUUUAGUCCAAUUUCCUUGGAGUGCCAGAUUGUUUGCAGAACAUGGUGGAACAAAGUAAAAGCAAGUGAUCGUUUGUGUGUGCUGUAACAGGAGCCCUACCUCAGAGCAGGCUGGCGGUGCAGCCCACACAGCUGAGCCUCCCUCUUACAUACUGGGUGUGCUCUGUUUCUGUUCGGGACCACGAUGAGGUUCAGAGGCAUGGGGUUUCCAAACAAGCUUGGAUCGUUUCUUCUGUAUCAGUAAAUUCCUUUUUCGUUACUCCAUCCAGUUUCAAUUAUGAUUUUGUAAUUGGCACUCCAGUCAAUAACAGCGGGGGACACAAAAGCAGCUGGUUUGUUUUGAUCUGUGCCCAGGCCAGGCAGUGCAUGGAGCAGCGGUUAUGCAUGAGUUUGCAACAUUUAAACCCAUUUCAUAUUUCCAUUGCUGCACGUCCAGCAAAGGCACAUAUCGUACAACAAAACUGCAGCGAGAGGUUGGGUAUGUUGGUAAUGCUUUUACUAAUUUCCCAUUAAUGUGCCGAUGUACUGUGCAGCUUCCCAAAUGAGAAGUCAUGUUCAAGCCAGGGAACUCCGGGUUUGCCACAUACAGCAUACAGAGUUGCCUCGCCUGUGAUUGUGUGGAGAGCGAGGAGGGUCAGUAGACACUGCACAGCAAACCCAGCUUUGGUUGAUCCUUCCAAAUUCAUCUUAAUUUCAAUGCAAUGAGUUCCAGAUGUAGAGCGCUUUCCCAUGUGCAAGUGUUGCUUCUCAUAGUACCGUCAAUAUUGCCACUCUGUUACCAGGCACAUCAGCAGUUACUGUGGCUUCACUGGGCCAGGGCCAGUGUGUAGCCUCUGAACCUGUUCCUGGUGCACACUGGAGAUAUCUGAUAAAUCUAGAUAUCGGGGGUAGAGGGUUUUUAAAAAGUAAUGAUCUAGACCAUUAUUACUUGUUUGCCAGCAGCACAGCAGAAUGCCCUCCAGUCCUCUCCGCCCUCCGCGACGAUACUAUUGCGAUAAUAAAGGUCAUGUUGUAAUUUCU